AUGGCCGAUGACAAGAAGUCCCUCGUCAACGAAUAUGUCGAGUCGCCCACCGAGUCAAAUGUCAUCAGGGACUCAAAGUACCUACUGUGGAUAUACAAGCUCGAUACCCUCGGUGUGGAGUUAAGAGGAAUCGAGAGAGUCACCCCUGACGAAAAGGUAUCUGAUGGGAAGUGGAAACUGUUUCUUCAGGUCAUAGGGCUCUGGUUGGCAGCGUGUGGCGGUGUAACUACUAUGUCGUCGUUUUUCCUACCGACUUUACUGUUUUACUUGGACUUGAAGUCUGCCUUAAUAGCGUCGCUCUUGGGGGUCAACUUGGGUAACCUUGUGCCUGCUUAUACUUCUACAAUGGGGCCACAGUCGGGGUGCCGUCAGAUAGUGACUGCCAGGUUCUUGUUUGGACAAUGGUUUGUUAAGGUUGUGGCAAUUAUUGUUAUUAUUGGGGCAUCGGUUGGUCGUAAUGCUGAACUAGAAGUUGGAAUUGCUGUUGUGAUGGUCGUCAGUUGGAUCAUUGGAGUGUUUGGAAUCAGAGUUCUACUUAAAUUCCAGACCAUCUUGGCCAUUCCAACCAAUGUGGCUAUCUUGUUGUUCUACAUUGUGGUGUGCAAGAAGAUUGACCAGAUUCCAGAAACCAACCAGCAGAUAAGGGAUAUGAAUUUGGACCUGCAAACUAAUGCUGGACACUGGCUCUCGGUAAUUGCCCUUGCCUACUCAGUCACAGCUACGUGGGGUGGAGGAGCCUCUGAUUACUAUAUACUCUUUCCAGAUGAUACUCCUACAUGGCAAGUGUUUACGCUUACGUUUUUGGGUAUUGCAGUGCCUUCAAACUUUGCAGCUGUCUGUUCAGUUAUCGCUGGUGCUAUCGCCUUUUCAUAUGAACCUUGGGCUGACAACUAUGAUGCAUAUGGUAUUGGAGGUAUUUUUGCCCUGGCGUUUGAACCAUGGCAUGGGUUUGGUAAAUUUGUCGUUGUUGUCUUGUACAUUUCGCUUAUCUGCAACAACAUUAUGAACACUUAUUCUUGUGCAUUGGAGUUCCAGCUUAUAGACUUUAGGUUGACAUACAUUCCUCGGUGGAUCUGGGUCACUGUUGUUGCUGUGAUUUACUUGGUGCUUGCCUUGGCUGGAAAAGAAGACCUUAACAAUAUCUUGAGUAACUUCUUGCCAAUGUUGGGUUACUGGAUUACCAUUUACAUCACCUUGCUUUUGGAGGAAAACUUGAUUUUCAGGUCCACCAAAGCCACCAAAAGACUCCAUUACAACGAGUUUGACGGCACCGACGAAGGCAGCCUUAAGUCAUUGUACAACUGGGCAAAUUGGAAUAGGCCCGCACAGAGAAGUAUGGGUCUUGCAGCCACUUUUGCUUUCCUUUGUGGUGUUGCAGGAGCCGUUCUAGGCAUGAACCAGGUCUACUACGCUGGUGUGUUGGCUGAAAAGGUUGGCGACGAAGGAGCUGAUCUUGGUAUGUGGAUGUGUAUUGGGUUCGCUGGCUUGGUUUAUCCGCCAACGAGGUACCUUGAACUUAAGAAGUUUGGUCGGUGA